GGUUUGACGCGUUGCUUGACGUGUACAUACACUGUACGGUGGUGUAGGUGGGUGUACGCAGGUGUAUGUACGGGUGAACGCCGGCGUGAACGUGUCACAUUGUACAUACGUACGUAAUCGUCGUGUUCCUCACAGUCCUCACACGAUUAACGAUGUUAGUGCUCCUAAUCGCGAUAUGCAUCCUUUCCGGGGUCCACGCCGCGAAACUCGAGCGAAUGCACGACGAGCAACUUCUGAAUCUCAUAAAAGUCGAAAAAUACGUGAUCGUUCUAUUUACAACUAACGAUUGUCCAGAUUGCAAUGACUAUGAAGAAAGGCUGGUUAACUUGCGUGAGGAUUUCGUCGAUACCAUGUCUGCAUGGGUUGUUAAAGCUGUUGAUAGUCAAUUACUUCAAUUAUAUAGCAAUACUAAAGAGCCUGUUCUGCUGUUCUUCCGACAUGGACUUCCUUUGUUAUACGAUGGACCUUUGGAGAAUGAAGAAAUAAUGACUAUGUUUAUGGAAAAUAAAGCACCCACAGUAAAGGAACUUACUGAUGAUACAUUUGAGCAUUUAACUCAAGCAAGCACUGGUGCUACAACUGGCGAUUGGUUUAUUAUGUUUUACAGCACAAACUGCGUACAAUGUUUGCGCAUGAUGGCAAAGUGGGAAACGGUCGGCGCUAAGCUUAAAAAUAAAGUAAAUGUGGCGCUUGUUAAUAAAGCCACAACUGGAAUUUCCACAGCCAGAAGAUUUAAUGUUGAUAAUACUCCGCAAUUUAUAUUCUUUAGGCAUGGCAAAAUGUAUCGAUAUGAUACCGAAACAUACAAUAUUGCUUCCUUUGUAACAUUCACCAAAGAAUGGUACAAAGAUAUAAGACCAGAAGAAGUACCUCCACUUCCAAGCUUCUUUGAUGAGUACACAAAAAUAAUUAUAGCCUUCCUUUCCGCUAAUCCAUGGGUACUCAAACUAACUAGCAUUUGCAUUGGAGUGCUAGUUAUCGUUCUAGCAACUAUUAAAUGUAUGCAAAGAGAAGAGGCUCCAGCGGAAAAAGAAGACUAAAUCUAUUGCAUUUGAUUUGCCAAAAAAAAUAUAAGAAUGUUUCUUUGUACAGACUAUUGCCUAUAGUGCUAAAAAUAAUUUUUUAUUAUACAUUAAGUUGUUGCACACGUGUGAAAGAUAUAAUUUUAAAUUUUAUAAAAGCUUACGUAUCUAUUUUUAAAAUAUUUGUAAAAUAUUUAUCAAAUUUGCAAAUUUAAUGAAAUAAUUGAAAAAUUCCGUGUAUUUAAUCGCGCGAAAGUAUAAGUAUCAAAAUUGGUUUAAUGAUAGAAAAUUAAAAAUAUAUUUAAUAGCUCAAAUUGCUUUGAAGUGAAGAUGAAUAUGAUUUUCUGUAUAACAAUUUAAUACACACAAAUUUUGUAUUAAUUCUACAUUUUAAAAAUAUAUUUUUUUACUCGAAAUAUAUUCAAAAAGUUACAUAGUGAGUAAUAAAAAAAUGUCUAUAACAGCAACAAAUUUAAGAAAGGCAAAGCGAUAUUAUUAAGUUUAUUUAAAGUGUACUUUAAGUGGAUUCAUAUCUGUUUUGUUACUUCUUUUUUUAUUGUCAAGCUAUGAAUCAUACGCAUUCCAUUAAUUGUACAAUAUUACGUUAAAUCCAUUAAUUGUACAAUAUAUUACGUCUGUUACUUUAAAUUUUUAUUGCUGUUUUUUUGACAUAAUUUUUUAUGAGCAAUGUGUAGCUUAUAUUUUAUUACAAAGAAAAUAGGAAAAAAACAUAUAAUUAGAUUGUACAAGAAUAUCUGUUAUAAAUUUUUUACAGAAAAAUAUAUCUUUGAUG